AUCCACACAUGAAACACCCGCCAAGUGUGGGUCUGACCGGCAGUAGUGCCGAGAAGACUCCGCAGGCUGAGGGGGUUUGUUUGUGGCUUCUAAGACCGUUCUCUUCGCCCUCCUAAAUGGAAGUGGACGGCUUCGUGUCCCGGCGAAGGUCCCUGGAAGCGCCAGGGGUCGACAGCCGGGUUGCAGGCGUUGCCACCGGGGCGGAGAUUCGAUGGCUGGGCGGCAGACUUCUGGGCACCGGCGGAGGCUUCGUCGGGGUGUUGCCGUCAAGAGUGUCCAGCGAGCAGAGCUUCGCCCCGGCGUCGCACCGGACGACACCCGGCAGCUCGUCGUCGUCGUCGUCUACCGAGGCGGAAGUGGACUACGAAGGGCUGCCUCAGGGUGCGACCACCGGGACUCACAUGCUGGCGGGAGCCGUGGCGGGCAUCAUGGAGCACUGCGUCAUGUACCCCGUCGACUGUGUCAAGACGCGCAUGCAGAGCCUCCACCCUGAGCCGGGCGCGCGCUAUCGCAACGUGAUGGACGCCCUGCGGCAGAUCGUGCGCACCGAGGGCGUGUGGCGGCCCAUCCGAGGCGUCAACGUGCUGGCGGUGGGGGCGGGGCCCGCCCACGCGCUCUACUUCGCCUGCUACGAGAAGAUCAAGGUCGCGCUCAGCGACGCCGUCUACCCGGGCGCCAACAGCCACUUUGCCAACGGAGUGGCGGGCUGCAUGGCCACCGUGCUCCAUGACGCCGUCAUGAACCCAGCUGAAGUGGUCAAGCAGCGCAUUCAGAUGUUCAACUCUCCUUACCGCGGCGUGCUGGACUGCGUGGGCGCCACGCUGCGCCAGGAGGGGCCGGCGGCUUUCUACCGCAGCUACACCACCCAGCUGACCAUGAACGUGCCCUUCCAGGCGCUCCACUUCAUGACCUACGAGUACCUGCAGGAGGCGCUCAACCCGCACAGACACUACCACCCCUCCUCCCACGUGGUGUCGGGGGCGCUGGCCGGCGCGCUGGCCGCCGCCGCCACCACGCCGCUUGACGUGUGCAAGACGCUGCUCAACACGCAGGAAGUGGCCGCCGUGCAGGUGGGAGGCGCCGCCGCCGCCGGCCGCAGCAUCUCCGGCCUGGCCGAGGCCUUUCGGACGGUGUACAGGACGGGCGGCGUGGGGGCUUUCUUCAAGGGUGUCCAGGCCCGCGUUAUCUACCAGAUGCCGUCCACGGCCAUCAGCUGGUCCGUCUACGAGUUCUUCAAGUACGCCAUCACCAAGCGGCAGCAUGAAAGGCGACUGCGUGGAGACCCCGACAAAUGAAACCGGAAGCUUGAAGCGUCUUCUCUCCAUUUCAAAGUUCUCAAUUUCCGCUGAAGAAGUAGGAGCGGUCUCGCAGCAGGUGGCGACCGACACGCCCUUUUAGUACGGUCGGGACAUGCUCCGGAUUACACUAGUGAGGAUAAUAAGCGCUAUAGAAGCUGUCAUGUGUCCAUCAGGAAAACAUGCUAAUGAAUUUAGCUGCCAUCUUUAUAACCGUCUUGACUUUAAUCUCACAGCGAGCGCUUAACAGGAAAUGACAUCUGGAUGAGCGGGAUGUCACGCCUUGCCUUCAGGUAGCCGCCACACAUACCAACGCACAACUCUCACUUCUUAUUCAAUCUCUUUAUUUUUUUGGAAACAGUAAAGCAGUGUUAAUAAUAAUAUAUAAAUGAAACUAAAAGGCUGCAACUA